AUGCAGAUAAAGAAGAUGACAGAUAUAGGGCAGCAGCUGUAUGUUCCACAAGUGAAUGACAGACAGAGCUCCUUGACCAUGUCACCCACGCAUCCUGAUGCCGGUAGCGUCGUGCGGCCACAUAGACAAGAGGCCCCUGCCCUGUUGUAUGAUGGCCCAGCGAGGGAUGUCAUGAUGACCACUGCUAUGUGUGUGAAGUGCACAAGUGUCUGCAGAGUACCCCUUCAGGACUUCCUCAAGGGGACCGGACAAAGCCCAAACAAAGACCACUAUGUCUGUUUCAAAUGCAGCCUUGGUGUGCCCCCUGCCCAUUUCCAUUUUGUGGACAACCAUGCUGGCUCUCCUCAAGUAGGAAACAUCGCCGACGCCAUCUCCAGCUCGAUCAGUAAUAAUAAAUUUAAGGUCCGGAACUUCAAGCCUGGCAAAUACUACUGCGACAAAUGCCGGUUUUCCACCAAGGACCCGCUGCAGUACAAAAAGCACACGCUUCAACACGAAGAGAUCAAGUUCAUUUGCUCUCACUGCAGCUACAUUUCCUACACGAAAGGCGAGUUCCAGAGGCACCUGGUGAAGCACACGGGCAUAUUCCCUUACCGCUGCGAGUAUUGUGACUACGGUGCUAUUAGGAACGACUAUAUCGUCAAACACCGGAGGAGGGUGCAUGAGAAGACUGGUGGGAAACAGUCCCCCAAAGCCGUUGCCAAGUUGGAGCCGCCAAGCAGCAGCACACCCAAACCAAUCCUGGAGCUUCUAAACACGUCCAACCAGAGGACUGCAUUUCAAAACCAACUGUCGGAUCAGCUUUCCAGGUUCUCUCUCCACGCACAGCAAGACCGAAUGCAAAAUAUCAUGUUGGUACCGGAGCCCAAAGAGUACCAAAAGGAUGGCGUGUGUGUUCCAAAUAAAGUGACCCUAGCGGAGCCGUGCGAAGGCGGUCUAUUUGAGAACAAGAGCGUUGAGGUAGAGGUGUUGUCCCCAGCAAAAGAACCGGUCCAGCCAGGCAUGCCAUUGACGGUGGUGGCGCCAUCCGAGCUGGUUGUCCCCGCCAACUGCUUAGCCCAAUUGCUAGAUGUGAAGGUUGUCAAUGGAACACAGCAACUUGUUCUGAAACUCUUUCCUCUGGAAGAAAACAGUUGCCUCGAAGUUGGUGGGCAUGAUGGAGGCACCCCUGAGCUAGUGACAAAAGAGAAGUCUCCGAAGAUACUAGAAAAAGCUGCAGCAUCCGAACAAACAAAGCCACUGAUGAUGGAGGGGAAUACGGGCGCGCCAGCAGGUCUCGAUCGGCUUCAGUCUCCUGGGCACCAGCAACCUCCAAAUGUGAAAUGGGUCAAGCCGUACCAUUUCCUCACGUCCAACUCUAGUGGGCAGCACCAGGGGGAUUCCUUUCUCAGUUCAGAUAGAGUUGAGGAUUUGCAGGGGACAAACCAUUUGUUUGCACAACGGACUGCUCCACCUCCUUGCAUUGCCUUAAAGGGUCAUUCCCUAUCACCAACUGCGAAAACCAGUGUCCCAUGUGGUCUCGGAACUGCAUCAAGCCCUUUUUCAUGUAAGGCAGCUGUGGCCUGCUCUGAAGAUGGACGGAAUUUACACAGUGGCCCCCAGUCACUGUUGCCCCUGACUGCACCACCGCCCGCAGCCUUUCCUUUCUGCAGAGAAAAAGGUUUGUUGCCCAUAAGUGAAAAUGGCUUGAAGUCUAGAAGUGAGAUCAGUAUUCCUUUAAAAAUGGUUUCCUCCAGUAGAAAACUGAAAGACACCCAGAUAGAGGCCGCUGCAAAGCCAGGCCAAGUCUCCUCUCAACACCAUAGUGAAUAUUUACACAUAAACCUAGCUGGAGAAGACGGACUCAGACCUCAGCAACCUGGGGGUAAGCCUGUGGAAUUCCAGAAUUCUGAAAGGGAUAACGACUGCUUUGAUGGCCCGGUCAUCUCGUCAGUAUUUUCUCUGAGCUCUGGAUCUCAGAAUGUCCCCGAAGGUAUCAAGUGGAACAGUUCACCAUCCAAAAUAAAGUCCAUUGAACUGUUACGCAGAAAGAUAGCUCAGUUGAUGGAGUCAUGUGGCAAGCCGUCAUCGUUGGCUGCUAACAACGCACACCGCCGUUGUGAAGGUCGGGCAUCAAAGGUAACUUCGAAAGCAACCUUGGAAAGUAUUCAAGAACUCGGCAUGCCAUUUACUGGCCCUGGAUGUCCCACAGGUCCUCCCCAAAACUCUCAGGACAAUGGGCAGCCGAUUCGUCAACAGAUACACCCACAGUUUGUGGAUGGCCCUGAGGAGGAGACUGGGAGCAGGUUGACCAGGCAAACUCAUGGUGCCGCUCCAGUGUUGAUCCCCAAAGGCGCGGUGUUGCGGGUUCUUAAUUCCUCUGAGGAUGCGCACAUCAUCGAGGCCACGUGUGACACACCUGUCAGCAUACCUUGCAGUGAAACACAGUUAAGAACACCGACUCCGUUCUGCCCUGUGAAACAGACUGACUUACAGAUCUCGACAAAUGAAAGCGGGCCAGUAGACAUGUCCCAAAACCUGGAGAUGUCACCUCAGCGGAAGCCAAAAAAAGACAGUACUGUGUGUAGCAUCCUUCCCGGAAAAACCAGCCCCCCACCUGGGCAGCAAAGUGGCAGUGAGUGGAGUAAGCCAGGGAAGCUCCUUUCCAGAAGUCUUGCCAUAAGUGGAAAUAAAAGCAAACAAGUAAACUCAUCCAAGAAGAACAAGAAUAUCCAGGCUGACUCCAGGCGCGGUCUCAAGGGUCCUUCCAUUUUUCAGGUUGCACGGCAACUGCGCCUCAUAGCAGCCAAACGAGACCAGCUGAUCAAAUGCCCCCGCCGGAACCAGCCGGUCAUUGUAUUGAACCAUCCUGAUGUGGAUUCACUGGAAGUGACCAACGUCAUGAAGGUAAUAAACAAGUACAAAGGCAACGUCCUCAAGGUCGUCUUGUCUGAGAGGACUAGGUGUCAGCUCGGCUUCCGCCGGCACCAAGUGCGCCUCACCUACCAGAACGCGGAGGAAGCCAGUCAGAUCAAAAGGCAGAUGAUGCUGAAGAUGAAGCUGAAGAAAGUCCACAAAAAUAACUACCAGGUGGUGGGCUCCCUGCCCACUGACUCCUCACAGUCCAUCUUUAAGUGCUGGUUCUGUGGGCGGCUCUAUGAAGACCAGGAAGAGUGGAUGAGCCAUGGCCAACGGCACUUGAUAGAAGCCACUCGAGAUUGGGAUGUGCUUUCUUCUAAGGGUAAAUAA